GUCCGAUCUGUGCUGGUUUGGAUCUCGGCCACGAUCGAUCCGAUCGAUUUUGCAUAUGUACGCAUAAAUUAAUUCACCACCCCAUCCCAUCCCAUGGUAAUAUGCGCCCGACUGCGAACUCAGGCUCCAUGCUGACGGGAGCCCCCCAAAACGCACUGCAACACACGCAUUCUCCGUCCGGGGUUUCCCAUGUACAGUACAUGCGACGUACCGCUCCGGAAGGGAAACUGGCCGGCGAAUCAGAAUCGGGGCGUCUCCUCAAUUGAGAAAACGAGAAUACACGGCCCCGUCUCCAGGCGAGAGAGAGCCCACCGAAAAAGGAUGCCGGCAUUCGCUCGCAGCGGGACUAGCCAGUCAAGGUUACCUUUUCGUGGCAUCCAACACGGCCUGCAUGGAGUGAGGGACUGCCUCCAGAAGCUCUGGGGGGAGGCUCUGACUAUCCGGCAGCCCUCCCUCUGUCCAGUCCAAGUCCGCUCUUUCAAGGACUUCUUCACUCUGGCACUUGUGGCGUCCCCUACUGGAGCAGCCAAGUGUGGGACUAGCCCAGCCGUCAACGGCGCAACAUGCACCCAGACCGAUGUGCUCGCCUGUUGCAGGGGGCUGGUUCGCUGUCCCCGUCUCCCUUGUGAUCGUCUUUUUAGUUCGGGGCCUCUGUUCUCGCUUCUCUCGGCAUUUGGAGCGCUUGGCGUUGCGCUGCUCGAUGAGAGACUACGGCCACGGAGAUAUGGAACGCCCUCCAUCACCAGCCCUCAGUCUGUGCCUCACUGCGGCAGGCAGUUAUCUGUCAAAAGAUCAGUCCUGCAGUGGUGCCUCGACGGACUCGAGCCGGAGCACAGCACUAACCAGAAAAAUCCACGUCAUGCCCAGCUACGGCGUCGCAGAUCCCCUCCCUGGGCUGCGGCUUGCCCCCAAGUUGGGCCGGCGCCUCCCGAUCUCCUCAGAGUUGGUGAUUACGUCCGAGGGGGGUGAGCCUUGUUCUAGCUCUCUACUCUCCCUGCUCUCUCUGCUCCACACCACCUUUCAGACCGAGAAAUACGCUAUGGGCGGGAUGAAAUGCAGGAUAGCCUGGCUGAUCGCCUGCUCAGAUCCAACAAGGGGCACCCUGGUCAAGGGCCGCUAGUUGCUACAAGCCGUCGAUCAUCCCCCUUCGUACUGGCCAACUUACUGCGUGGAGUCUGGCUCCAACUAAUUAG